AGCAUUGGGCAGUGAGGCUGUCUACUCAGUUGCGGUCUCUUUCUUGGAGGCAGGAAUGUAAAUCCAGAGGGAUUAGUGAGAAGUAACAAACUGAGCUGUAAACCCUUCAGUAGCUCUCCGAGGGGUCUACCCCUGCCUCAGUGCGUAAAGUUGGGCUCCGGAUGCGCAGCGCAGCUCUCACUAUCCACACAGGCUCCAUGUGCAUCAAUCUUGCGGGAUACUUGACGAGGUUUCCUGAGGUUUCGGUGCCACUACCUUCUUGGGUCAAUGCCAGAUGAAAACGGAGGCGUUCUGUUGAUGUGAGGGCGUUUUAUCUUGAGCAGAUCGUCUGUCCCGGAGCGCAGAGGGGACAUGGGUCAACUUUAUGGUGCGACUCUUUUACCGUUUGGCGCAAUCUGUGUGGUUUUCCUGUGGGAAUCCGGUGCCAGCUCCAUCAGGACGACGCUCGCAGUGGACACAUCGAGAGCGGAGUGUCCAGAGAGUAAGAUCCUGACUGUGGAGUAUCCCUGUGUCAGAGCAGGAGGGAAGAACAGCACUUGUUUCAGGAGGAAAUGCUGUGAAGGGUUCAGGUUUGUGAUGGGCCAGUGCAUACCUGAAGGUGUAGACGUGUGUGCUGCAUCUCCCUGUGAGCAGCAGUGCACUGACAACUUUGGACGAGUUGUCUGCACAUGUUACCCUGGCUAUCGCUUUGACCGAGAAAGACACCGCAGCCACAAAUCCCCUUACUGUCUGGACAUUGAUGAGUGUGAGCACCCAGGCAGCAGUGUGUGUGACCACGAGUGUGUGAACACAGUGGGAAGCUUCCUGUGUCGCUGCCACAGCGGCUACAUACUGGCACCGGACCAUCGCUCCUGCAUCCCUGUACACAACUUGAGCUCUUCUGGGAAGUCAGACACUUUGAUGAGUGCUGGUACUUGUUCAUUCACCUGUCAGGACUUUAUGAACAUGAAAAACAAUUUGCUGCAGCUGAAACUGAGGCUGGGCAACACACAGUCACCGAACCAGGUGCCGGGCCUGGCUAACAGCAGUGACAAGCCGUCUCUGGGGAGGGCAGGAAAAAGUCCUGAUAGUCCUUGUCUUCCUGUUAUAGCUGGUCCUCCAGGAGCUCCUGGGGUCCCAGGUCACCCAGGUGAACCAGGAAAGCAAGGCGACCCAGGGGAGAGGGGCCCUCCUGGCCCUCGGGGUCCGCGAGGGGACAUGGGACCCAUGGGUCCAGAGCCUGACUUGAAACAUAUCAAAAGAGGCCGCAGAGGGCCAGUGGGACCACCUGGAGCAGCAGGAAGAGAUGGAAUAAAGGGUGAAAGAGGAGUCCCAGGUCCCAGAGGCCCACCUGGACCUCCCGGCUCCUUUGACUUCCUGCUGCUGAUGAUGGCGGACAUCCGUAAUGACAUCAUUGAACUGCAGGAGAAGGUGUUUGGUGAGCGGCGAGGCAUCUCUCUGGACAGUCCUCCUCAGUCCAGUGGGGAAGUGGAUUUUGUAGAUUGGGGCUCAGGCCAAGGAGAUCUCAUGGUCAAUAGUUGACCUUUGACCUCGGUCACAGUAACGGAAUACUCAAGCCCAGCAACACAGUCACCGAACUUGACUCUUUUCUUCACUGAUAAAGGACAUUGGUGGUCAAAGAGCCAAAAUGUAGAUAAUUCUUAAAAUCACAGCUGGGAUGAAGUGGGCAAGGAGCCUCAGCGGUUACACCCUCAACAUUGCCACAGUCUGUAACACGGGGAGAUCCAAGGAUUACAAAAUGAAACUCAUUCUCUCUGCAAGCGAGCGAAUCUCCUCGCUGCCGUUCAUAUGCUGUGGUGUGAGUGAGGGAAUUGCGUGCGGGACAUAGAGUGAGAAAGACACAGUGUGAGCCUUCAUGUCUGAGUCUCUGAGCUCUGCCUCUGAGCUGAACCACUUCAAACGAUGAACUUUAUCGUCUACAUCUCUUCCUGUUCCUGAGUCUGUCCGUGGAAGCUGUGCAGCCGCUGACAGUGUGCCUGCAGGGCACUGGUACAAAGACCCAGGACCCGCACCCUGAGCCUCCCCUGCACCUGACUGCAGGAUCCAGCCCUCGAGCCGAAGAUACUUUCUACUCUGAGGCACAAAGUUCAGAGACAAAUUCAAUGCAGACAACCCCAAUGUUGACAGUAACAGUAAUGCCUGAUGUAAUGUUGUUAUUAUGCCAUUAACAACUCAAUUCAAGUAUGAAUAAUAUAACAUUUACUGCAGCAAUAUAUUCAUUUAGAAAUAAUAUUAAAGAUGUCACAAAUACAACACAGUCAAUCUUGUGAGAGUAACGUUCACAUAAGUAGUAUCUGCUUCUUAUAAAACAAAUAUGCAGACACAUAAAAGCUUUAAAAUAAAAAGGAUCAAUUAAUUUAUGCAAAGGUACAAAGGUUCAAAAAUCACAUAUUAUCAGGCUAUGUGAUUGUAAACAUUAAUGAGUGAAAUUGUCAAACGGGAACAGUUUCAUGGAAUUUGUUGCACAUGUUCUCGUACUGCACACAUGCUUCUGUCACUAGUUUGUCAGAAACAUGUUCGACAUGAAGAAGGAAGGCAGCUUGAAAGCUUCGUACUGUGAAGCAGCAGUUGCCAGGAAGGGUAAACCCAUUGCUCAAUAAAGGUGUCAUCUUAAUAGAGAUUUUACCUGUUUAAUGUGGAUUUUUAUUCAUAAUGUUCGCAGUUUUAUUUUUUAACGAUCGUCAAAUUGCAAAUGAUCAAAAUUAAAAAUAUGAAAAUGCUAAAGUGAUUGCAUCAAAAACUAGAAAGAGAGAGCAUACCUCCACCAAGGCCCAGCAGCCCCCUCAUGAAACUAAAUUAGUUAAAUUCACAUGAUUUUGAUUUUGAGUUGGUUCCGAACCAUAAACAUCAGUCCUCUAAACAUACCUGAUUACUUUCUUUUUACUGCUUUCAUCAAGAUCCAUGAAUUAUUUUGAGAAAUGUCAUGGAAAUCAGUUGAGAAGUUUUUGCAUAAUUGUGCCAACAAUUUUAACAAACAAACGCAGACAAAACCUAAACAUGCAUACAUCCGCCAAGACCUAACAGUCCCCUCGAAUUAAACCAAACCUCACAGCUAAGGCCACAUUACAUUUUCCAGCUACACAUUGGAGGUAGUUUUUAGCUGAAAAAGCUACACCCCUAUGAAACAUUUAAAGGUCCAGUGUGUAAGAUUCAGGUGAAAGGGAUCUAUUGGUA